AUGGUACUCUCGUGGGCUUGCGGAGGGCUUUUGUCUGCGCCAUUUUUGAGCAGCACAGUGUGGACUGUUGAAGUAAAUGAUGAAACUAUGGACAAAUUUGGGAACCGCGAUGACAAACAUGGCCUAUCGUUUCAGAUUUCCUUAGCUGUAUUCCUUUUUGGUGCGUUCAUCGUUCCCUUGGUUUUCAUGGGAUUUGUUUACAGUAGAAUUGUGAUUGUCCUAUGGCGUCGGGAUCGUUCCAAGAUAUCUAACAAAAACAUGAUCAAGACCAAACUUCGAGUCGUCAAAAUGAUGGUGUUGAUUGUCCUUACAUAUUUCAUUACAUGGGGUCCAUAUCCUAUUGUUAGAACUGUGACAGUUUUUUCUCUCGAGGGAAGAAAUUCUGAGGAAGUUGAGGGAGAAGGCUCGACAGAAUUACAGUCAGAUAACGAGGAACUAUAUGAGUCAUUACAAUUAUUUGAGGGCAUAUCUGAAACGUUGUCUUUGAUGAGUUCCAUUUUAAACCCCCUGAUAUUUAGCUUUUACAACGCGAGCUUUAAAGAGGAAGUAUACAACAUUUUUCGUAGAAUGAAAGGCGCGAAAUGUUUUGGGAAACGUAAACACAUCGUUGUGCCUUUAGCAGAGUAA